AUGUCCUCGUGUCAUUGCACUCCCUACCUUCUUCCCAGCCUACCUUCCUCCCUACCUUCCUCCCCAGGCUACAGACUCCUACCUUCCUCCCCAGGCUACAGACUCCCUACCUUCCUCCCCAGCCUACAGACUCCCUACCUUCCUCCCCAGCCUACAGACUCCUACCUUCCUCCCCAGGCUACAGACUCCCUACCUUCCCCCCCAGCCUACAGACUCCCUACCUUCCUCCCCAGCCUACAGACUCCCUACCUUCCUCCCCCCAAAGGCCCCUACCUUCCUCCCCAGCCUACAGACUCCUACCUUCCUCCCCAGCCUACAGACUCCCUACCUUCCUCCCCAGCCUACAGACUCCCUACCUUCCUCCCUACCUUCCUCCCCAGCCUACAGACUCCUACCUUCCUCCCCAGCCUACAGACUCCCUACCUUCCUCCCCAGCCUACAGACUCCCUACCUUCCUCCCCAGGCUACAGACUGCCAACCUUCCUCCCCAGGCUACAGACUGCCAACCUUCCUCCCCAGGCUACAGACUCCCUACCUUCCCCCCCAGCCUACAGACUCCCUACCUUCCUCCCCAGCCUACAGACUCCUACCUUCCUCCCCAGGCUACAGACUGCCAACCUUCCUCCCCAGGCUACAGACUCCCUACCUUCCCCCCCAGCCUACAGACUCCCUACCUUCCUCCCCAGCCUACAGACUCCCUACCUUCCUCCCCAGCCUACAGACUCCCUACCUUCCUCCCCAGCCUACAGACUCCUACCUUCCUCCCCAGCCUACAGACUCCCUACCUUCCUCCCCAGCCUACAGACUCCUACCUUCCUCCCCAGCCUACAGACUCCCUACCUUCCUCCCCAGCCUACAGACUCCCUACCUUCCUCCCCAGCCUACAGACUCCUACCUUCCUCCCCAGGCUACAGACUCCCUACCAUCCUCCCCAGCCUACAGACUCCUACCUUCCUCCCCAGCCUACAGACUCCUACCUUCCUCCCCAGCCUACAGACUCCCUACCUUCCUCCCCAGGCUACAGACUCCCUACCUUCCUCCCCAGCCUACAGACUCCUACCUUCCUCCCCAGCCUACAGACUCCCUACCUUCCUCCCCAGCCUACAGACUCCCUACCUUCCUCCCCAGCCUACAGACUCCCUACCUUCCUCCCCAGCCUACAGACUCCCUACCUUCCUCCCCAGCCUACAGACUCCCUACCUUCCUCCCCAGCCUACAGACUCCCUACCUUCCUCCCCAGCCUACAGACUCCCUACCUCCCUCCCCAGCCUACAGACUCCCUACCUUCCUCCCCAGCCUACAGACUCCCUACCUUCCUCCCCAGCCUACAGACUCCCUACCUUCCUCCCCAGCCUACAGACUCCCUACCUUCCUCCCCAGGCUACAGACUCCCUACCUUCCUCCCCAGGCUACAGACUCCUACCUUCCUCCCCAGGCUACAGACUCCCUACCUUCCUCCCCAGGCUACAGACUCCUACCUUCCUCCCCAGCCUACAGACUCCUACCUUCCUCCCUACCUUCCUCCCCAGCCUACAGACUCCUACCUUCCUCCCCAGCCUACAGACUCCUACCUUCCUCCCCAGGCUACAGACUCCCUACCUUCCCCCCCAGCCUACAGACUCCCUACCUUCCUCCCAGGCUACAGACUCCCUACCUUCCUCCCAGCCUACAGACUCCUACCUUCCUCCCCAGCCUACAGACUCCCUACCAUCCUCCCAGCCUACAGACUCCCUACCUUCCUCCCCAGCCUACAGACUCCUACCUUCCUCCCCAGCCUACAGACUCCUACCUUCCUCACCUACAGACUAG